GCUCGGCGAGUCGAAAGAGUUUAGCAAAAUCUCGGGGUCGCGUCGCGUCCAACACACGGAUUUAUCAAGUUUAGAGCGCCUGCGAUGUUGGACGACUCGCGAAAUUUUCGGAGACGUGAAAUUGGAACGACUCUAGUACUUGCAGCGAGUUGUUGUACACCUCGUAACAGUUAUGCGCCCACUCGUUAUCAAUGUAUCGGUUACGUUACAGCGAGGCUUCCUGCCUCUCGGUGGCCCAAUACAACGAGAGAUGCGACAUUGUUUCGGGGAUAUGCCUCUGCAAUUAUCCCAAUGUUCCAUCCGUGCCGCCGUACGAUUGGUUCACCUGGUUAAAAACGAUCUAUGGAAAAAGGAUUCUCACCGCCACGGAAAGAAAUACUAUGUUUGUGCACUUGCUCGUGUGGGACGAGCGUUACUCAAACAAGUUCCUCGCAGAGUUAUUGGCUGCGGUUUUCGACAUGACCACCUACUGCCAAUACGUGAUCCUAGUGGUACCUCCUCGAGUUACGCCAGGUGAUUUUUCUUCCUCUUCUCGAUUUUCAUCGAUCCACCACAUUCGUGUCCAUUCUCUAGGAAAUUUGAGCGUGUUUGAGCGAGAGAUGAGCAAAGUCUUGGCCAAGACCGCCACGCGGGACGUCGAGCGAGACGCGCUGCAAUUUCUCUAUCUGGCGGAUCGAUAUCGUUUCUGUCCAAAGUUAAAAAUACGAAGAGUCGUGGAGGAGGACCACGACGAUGUGAUAGCGAUCGUCGACGGUGAGACUGGUGAGCGUUACGGGCGGUAUUGCAUCAGUGAGAUGAUUCGUCAGCCAAACAGUUGUCGUCGAUCGAUCAUCGGAGAGGAUCCUGCGGACGGCUCGGCGGUGGGCGUGGUGUGUCUUAAUUCCACGAUCGAUGUCGAUCUGCUCAACGAGAAUUUCGAGUUGACACCGUACAAUGGUCUGAAAAAGCUCCUCUCUCCGCCGUGUUCAAACGUCUUCGUUCUCGAGAUGUUUGCGACGCGCGACGGAACGAGGCCUCACUGCUCCCACGAUCUCCUGGAGGCUGCUUUCGAUUGCUUCCCGCAUCUCGAGUAUUGCGCGGUCCUCCUCCCUUUCUCCCAUCCGUCUUAUCAGUUCCUUCAACAUUUUGUGGUAUUUUUCAUGCAGCGUGUGCCGUUGAGAUGUAACCGAGAUUUCCCGAUGACGCUCUAUCUCGUACACCGAGCGGCUCUUCGCGAGGAGAUGAGGUGUCGCCGCGCUCGAGUGCAAGACCGAGAAGCUAUAGAGGAACUCUUGCUCACUGUAUCGGCGAGACACGAGGUCCUGGCUGAUUUUCAUCGAUCGCAUUUAGAUUGCUUCGUCUUCGAAAGUAACGACACGAUGCUGGGACUCGCUAUACUGUGCGCCGAGAGCGAGGUAAAUCUCGUUACGAAUCAUUACCACAUAGAGGAUUACGUGUCCGUGCGGAGUAUUCCUCAAGAUGGCUACCGGCGUCUCCUGCAUUUCGUUCUCAUGCCAAUUUUUUCCGCUUAUCAUCGCUUCUUCUUCCGCGAGAUCGCACGUUUGAGCGAGUUAACGGUACUCUUUUAUCGGCUUGUGGAUGAGAGCACCGUCAUGCUUCCUUUGGUAUCCUGUCUCAACGAUAUGAUUCCGGUUGACCCUCGUGGACAAGCUCAAUAUGGAUUCCCAAUUAUUCUGGAAAACCUUGCUAACUGUGAGAAUAAUGCGAAAAGAGACGACGGUAGGUUUUCUCUAUUUAUCACGUCGCCGAGGCUAGCAACGAUGCCACGUGUAAUUAUCGACGCGAGGAUCGUCGUCGUUGGAGCAUCGGACUGCGGGAUUGCCUUCGUCGAGUAUCUCGCUGUACGAUCGAUGCAACGUUACGAGCAAUUGACAAACCUUACGCUGAUAUCACCGCACGGUAUACCAUUUGAUAAGGAAUCGAGUCGCGCAGAGGCGUGCUUGCUUCCAUUCCGAGGGAGGUUUCAUUCGGAAUAUCGUCGCUGCAUCACCGCACGGGCUUGGGUCAAUGUCGUCUACGGGACCAUGACAGCGAUCAACAGGUCAUCUUUCGUCCAUCACGACCAUUUAAUCCAUCCUUUCGAUCCGACGUAUACACGUAGCUUUCAUUUCCACCCUAGGAAGAAGAAACACGUAACUCUGAUGAAUCAGGGAAAUUUCACGUACGAUUAUUUGGCUUUGACGUGCGGCUUGCAGUAUCAGAACUCAACGUUACGAGACAAAAUUAAGCAAGAAGAAAACAAAGAGCAAAUACCAUGGAAUUGUCUGACUAUAAACGACGAUACGGAAGCUUCCGCUUGUUUCAGAAAGAUUCGAUGGUUAACGGGAGAUUUCAAAGAAAGGAAAACGAUACUUUUUUACGGACACAAUAUCGACUGCUACUGCGCACUCGGUGCUUUCAUCAAGCUCGGCGUAAAGCCUUCGUGGAUCACACUGAUCGAGCCCGAUUUCAAGCCCUGCUUUCACGAUUCCGAAGUGGACAAAGCGGUGACGAAUGCCAUUUUGCAAAGCGGGAUUAAAGUUUUUUCCGCAUGGAGCAUAAUCGAUUGGGCUCUGAUAGAAAAGGACGAUACAAAGCUCAUGAUCGAGAGUGUCACGAUUGAAAGGGAAGGCGAGACGAAAAAGUUGUCUUGUAACGCUCUUUUCAAUUUUUACGAGAAAACGAUCGAUUUAAAUGCCUUCUUAGCGUUCUGUCGUGCGGGUCUCGUUUUCGAUGGUUCGCUGAUAAUAGAUCCGGAGUGUCGCACCAACGACCCGUUUAUUUUUGCCGCUGGUACCUUGACGAGAUAUUCGAGAAAGUUUUACGCCGAUGCCUGGCAGCACAAAUAUUACGAUAGCGUGGAAAUCGGAGAGAGACUCGCGGUAAUCUUACGGAGAGCGAUCGAACGGGUUCCCGAGCAAAUGCCGAAGAAGCAAGAAAUCAUAUAUUUUACACCCUCGAUAUUCCGUGCACCUACCGUAAUCGCUUGCCUUUUGCCGGGUGGUUAUCAUUACUUGCAUGUACGUGGGCCUGGCACGGCGAACACGAGUAGCGGCUACUACGGCCAAGCAUUCGUAACCGGUUCUUGUGAAUCUGAAAUUGGAUAUUUUCGCAUUCGAUUGAACAAGUACGACACUGUGGAAAAUGUAAUCUGCCUAAGCAAAAAGACGUUCCGAUUGCAGAACGUGAUCGCUUUGUAUGGGAAACACGAGAGCAUGUUAAACGAAUUGAAACUCCGUUUUCGAAAUUCAUGCAUCUCGGAUUUCUACGCGUACUUUGGCGAACCUUGGGCCGCGGCGAUUCUCCACAACAGAUUCGAUUGUCUGCGCGUCGAAAAUCGGGCCACCUUGUUGUCGCGAAUGGUAAGAGACUUACGAUAUGAUAUCGUAACACUCGGUAUCGUUUUCCGCCUAUUUUCUUUCCCCAUACAGGAUUUGAUCGACGAUUGCGUGCGCAUGCUAAUCGGCUCUGAAUGGAAGACGAUGUCUGAAGAGGAUCGACGUUGCAUCGAAUCUAGAUACGCUGGCUCGGCUUAUCAUCGACAACUCGAGAAGAAUCUCGUAAAUUGUCUCGAGUUUUACGAGCACGAUCUACCGAUGUAUUGUACUUUGCGUAGACAGCGCCAAAUGUAUAUGAAUAUUGAGGAAAGUCCCUUGUAUUUUGACCAAUAAAACUUUUUUUUUU